AUGUUUCGCCAGUUUUCAACCUCUGCACGUUUACUCAAACAUUCUCCACAUACCGCCAAGAUUCCUCAGCCAAUAAAGGAGAUCGCCAACGUUGAGGCGUUCCUCACCCACAUUGGACACAAUACUGUUGAGUUCAAGGAGGCGUUCCCAACAUGGGAGUCGCUCUUCACAUCGUCCUCCAGGGAAAUGAAGGCCGCAGGUAUUGACGUCAAGGCAAGGAAAUACAUUCUCGACCAGGUGGAGAGAUAUAGGAAAGCCGCUCUUGUCACGAAAACCCCUGUCUUGGACGCCAUCAAGGAGAUCAAGCCUUCUGUGAAGAAACACGGCGGCGAACGGAAACUGAACCAAUACUUGGCCCAAAAGAGAAUUCUUGAAAGGAUCGAAUUGGCCAAGGCCUUGAAACAGUACAGAAAGGAAGAGCGUGCCAUCCUGCAAAAGUAUAAGGCUUUUGAAAGACUGCACUCAGAAUUGCACCAUACGCUGUAA